AAUAAAAGGAUUACUGCUUAUUACUAAAGCCUUGCCAAUUCUUUCGUGGACCACUGAAGUUUAGUACUAACAGUCAGCCAGGAAGGGGCUGUGCUAGCAUUCUGGAAGCUUAUAAUUAAGUUCAGUGUUUGUGUGUGGGAUGGAGUGGGGGUGGAACACGGCCGUUAAUUAUAGCGUUUGUGAGCGCCUGCCAGGCUUUUAAGCAGCAAAACACGAGAAGACAGAAGCCGAUGAAACAAAAGUUGCCCGGGAGUUCCCGGCAGGACCAGGGAACUUUGGGUGCCCUCAAAACUCAAGCGAUGGGCAUGCUAGAAUGCCCCUCCCCUCGCGCCCACCAUCCCUGAGGUGAUGAGUUCGAAAGCCACUUGCGUGUGUGUGGUGGGGGGGCGGGCGGAGGAGGUGGUACGAGGCGGGGGGGAGGGGGCAGCUACGGACCAAGGCUCCGGGACCAGGGCCUGGGAACAGCGGACCCGCUCCAGGUCCCGCGGAAGCCGCUCGGAUUGCUCCAGUAGGGGGGAGGACACUUCCCCUUCACUUCCGGCGGCGACGCGGGCUCCGCCUCCUGGGAGCGCCUCUCCGCCGGCUCCGCCUCCUCCCGCUGGGUCUCCCGAGAGAGCUCCACCCAGGCCCCGCCUCUUUCUCCGGCCACGCCCCCUCCCAUUUACUCUCCCGGGCUCGUCCCGCCCCGACUCCGCCUCCAAGUCGCGCUCCUCCUCCUCCCCCCGCAGCCGCUCCCCGCCUGGGGGUGCAACUCUCACCCCGGCUGUCCCGGCCCGAGCUGCGGAACGGGAGGGAGACUCGGGCCGCCCGCGCCGCCGUCCCCGCCCGAGCGCCCCGCGCCCAACUUCCCGGGCGGCUGCUCCCGAGAGUUCAGUCCUGCUGCAGGCUUCAGGCGCCGUCCCGGAGCCGUGUCGGAGCGGGCGGCCAGCGAGUUUGGGCGCUCGGCGUGCAGGGCCGCGGGCACCGUGCGCUCCCGGAGGGGUGGCCGGGGCCCCGGGCUCAGCGCCCCGCAACGCACUUCGGCGAUGGCUCCUGCUCCGCGGCGGUGCCUGCGCCUUCACCCUCGCCGACUCCGGCUUCUCGUCGUCGGGUCGCCGCCGCCGCCGCCGCUGCUGCUGCUGCUGCUGCUGCUGCUGCCGCCCCAGUGCGGCUCCUUCAACCUAGACACGGACAGUCCCGCCGAGUACUCGGGCCCCGAAGGAAGUUACUUCGGCUUCGCGGUGGAUUUCUUCGUGCCCAGCGAGUCUCCAAGGAUGUUUCUUCUGGUGGGAGCCCCCAAAGCAAACACUACCCAGCCUGGAAUUGUGGAAGGAGGGCAAGUCCUUAAGUGUGACUGGUCUUCUAGCCGUGGAUGCCAACCCAUUGUAUUUGAUGCAACAGGCAAUAGAGAUUUUGCUAAGGAUGACCCAGUGGAGUUUAAAUCUCACCAGUGGUUUGGCGCAUCUGUGAGGUCAAAGCAGGAUAAAAUUUUAGCCUGUGCUCCAUUGUACCACUGGAGAACAGAAAUGAAGCAGGAGAGAGAGCCUGUUGGAACCUGCUUUCUUCAGGACGGGGAAAAGACUGUUGAGUACGCUCCAUGCAGAUCAAAAAAUAUUGAUGCUGAUGGACAGGGAUUUUGUCAAGGAGGAUUCAGCAUUGAUUUUACUAAAGCUGACAGAGUACUUCUCGGUGGUCCUGGUAGCUUUUAUUGGCAAGGCCAGCUCAUUUCGGAUCAAGUAGCAGAAAUUGUAUCGAAAUAUGACCCCAAAGUUUACAGCAUCAAGUAUAAUAACCAGUUAGCAACUCGUACUGCACAAGCUAUUUUUGAUGACAGUUAUUUGGGUUACUCAGUGGCUGUUGGCGAUUUCAAUGGUGACGGCAUUGAUGACUUUGUCUCAGGAGUUCCAAGAGCAGCAAGGACUUUGGGAAUGGUUUAUAUUUAUGAUGGGAAAAACAUGUCUUCUUUACACAACUUUACUGGUGAGCAGAUGGCCGCAUAUUUUGGAUUUUCUGUUGCUGCCACUGACAUAAAUGGGGAUAACUAUGCAGAUGUGUUUAUUGGAGCCCCUCUCUUUAUGGAUCGAGGUUCUGAUGGCAAACUCCAAGAGGUGGGACAGGUCUCAGUGUCUCUGCAGAGAGCUUCGGGAGACUUUCAGACAACCAAGCUAAAUGGCUUUGAGAUCUUCGCAAGGUUCGGCAGUGCUAUCGCACCUUUGGGAGACCUGGACCAGGACGGUUUCAACGAUAUUGCCAUUGCCGCCCCUUAUGGAGGUGAAGAUAAAAAAGGAAUUGUUUAUAUUUUCAAUGGAAGAUCAACAGGCCUGAAUGCAGUACCAUCUCAAAUCCUUGAAGGGAAGUGGGCGGCUCGGAGCAUGCCCCCAAGCUUUGGCUAUUCAAUGAAAGGAGCCACAGAUAUAGACAAAAAUGGAUAUCCAGAUUUAAUUGUGGGUGCUUUUGGUGUAGAUCGGGCCGUAUUAUACAGGGCCAGACCAGUUAUCACAGUAAAUGCUGGCCUUGAAGUGUACCCUAGCAUUUUAAAUCAGGAUAAUAAAACCUGUCUACUGCCUGGCACGGAUCUCAAAGUUUCCUGUUUUAAAGUAAAGUUCUGCUUAAAGGCAGAUGGCAAAGGAGAACUUCCGGAGAAACUUAACUUCCAGGUGGAGCUUCUGUUGGAUAAACUGAAGCAAAAAGGAGCAAUUCGGCGAGCACUAUUUCUUCAUAACAGGUCCCCGGGUCACUCCAAGAAUAUGACCAUAUCAAGAGGGGGACAAAUGCAGUGUGAAGAACUGACUGCUUAUCUAAGGGAUGAAUCAGAAUUUAGAGACAAACUCACUCCGAUUACUAUUUUUAUGGAGUAUCGCUUGGAUUAUAGAACUUCUGCUGAUGCAACUGGCUUGCAACCCAUUCUUAACCAGUUUACUCCCGCCAACGUUAGUCGGCAGGCACAUAUUCUACUUGACUGUGGUGAAGAUAAUGUCUGUAAGCCAAAACUAGAAGUUUCAGUAAAUAGUGAUCAAAAGAAGAUCUACAUUGGAGACGACAACCCUUUGACAUUGAUUGUGAAGGCUCAGAAUCAAGGAGAAGGUGCCUACGAAGCUGAGCUCCUCGUCUCCAUCCCCCCACAGGCUGAUUUCAUUGGGGUUGUCCGCAACAGUGAAGCAUUAGCAAGACUUUCCUGUGCAUUUAAGACAGAAAACCAAACCCGCCAGGUAGUAUGUGACCUUGGAAACCCAAUGAAGGCUGGAACUCAGCUCUCAGCUGGUCUUCGCUUCAGUGUACACCAGCAAUCAGAGAUGGAUACAUCUGUGAAAUUUGAUUUACAAAUCCAAAGCUCCAACCUUUUUGACAGAGUAAGCCCAGUUGUGUCUUAUAAAGUUGACCUUGCUGUUUUAGCUGCUGUUGAGAUAAGAGGAGUCUCAAGUCCUGAUCAUAUCUUCCUUCCAAUUCCAAAUUGGGAACACAAAGAGAACCCUGAGACAGAAGAAGAUGUUGGGCCAGUUGUUCAGCACAUCUAUGAGCUAAGAAACAAUGGUCCAAGUUCAUUCAGCAAGGCAAUGCUAAAUCUUCAGUGGCCGUACAAAUAUAACAAUAACACUUUGUUGUAUAUCCUUCAAUAUGACAUUGAUGGGUCUAUGAAUUGCACUUCAGAUAUGGAGAUCAAUCCUUUGAGAAUUAAGAUCUCAAGUUCGCAUACAAUUGAAAAGAAUGACACACUUGCUGGCCAAGGUGACCGGAACCAUCUCAUCACCAAGCGGGAUCUCACCCUCAAUGAAGGAGAUGUUCACACUUUGGGUUGUGGAACUGCUGAAUGUUUGAAGAUUGUCUGCCAGGUGGGGCGUCUAGACAGAGGAAAGAGUGCAAUCUUGUAUGUGAAGUCUCUGCUCUGGACUGAAACCUUUAUGAAUAAAGAAAACCAGAAUCAUUCAUUUUCUCUGAAGUCAUCCGCUUCGUUUAAUGUCAUAGAAUUUCCUUACAAAAACCUUCCAAUUGAGGAUAUCUUCAACUCCACAUUAGUUACCACAAAUGUCACCUGGGGCAUUCAGCCAGCACCCAUGCCUGUACCUGUGUGGGUGAUCAUUUUGGCAGUUCUAGCAGGAUUAUUGUUGCUGGCUGUUUUGGUUUUUGUAAUGUACAGAAUGGGUUUUUUCAAACGUGUUCGGCCACCUCAAGAAGAACAGGAAAGAGAACAUCUUCAACCUCAUGAAAAUGGUGAAGGAAAUUCAGAAACUUAACCGUGACUUUUAAGUUAGGCAACAUCCCGACCUAUUGGAAUGACCAACUUCAUUGUAGAUUUCCGUUUCCUUUAUGAGAAAUAGAAUGCAAGACUGAACUGUUGAUGGUGCCCAUUUGUACUAACCACAAAAAUGAUAGCAAUAUUUUUCGGCCUUCUCGUCAAAAACAAGUUCAGAUAAUGUAUUUAAUAUGCAUUCACUGACAUGUGUUUUUAGGUAUUUAAAUAAUAAAAUCUCAUGGAAUAGUUUUUCAGUGUACUUAAGACAGAGGUAGUGCCUGAGUUACCACUUUAUAUAAAAUAGUACCUCCUACAUUACUGUUUCUAACUUUGUAUGUUGGAUUUAAUUGUUUGUUAUUAUUGUUGUUUCUGUGCUUUAAAGCGAUCCACGUUUGGACCUAAGUAUCCACAACUUUGUAUAGGUACUUAAUGUUAAUACAUAUUACACUACAGUUGAAUUUUUAAGCUAUGAGAGAUAUUAUAAAUGCACAAAGUUGGAUUUUAAUAUUAUCUCCAUGAUGGAAUUUGGUGGGAGGAGGCAUGAGCCCAUGAAAGUUCUUUCCUUUGUUAGCAAAGGUGAAGUAUUUUGCUCUAAUAUGAAAAUAGGAUACGUACUGCUAAAUUUUUUUAUAUUUAAUCCACGAGCCAUUUUAUUCUAUUUUAAUUGCAUAGCUUAAGUUCUAUUUCAAACCUUUUGAGUCAAUCUAAACUAAAAAUUAAUUCUAUAAUCAAAAGUGACUCUUGUAUAAUGGUUAAUUUCAGCUAAAUAUAGUAAUUCUUAAAACCACAUGAUGUUGAAAAUCAUUUCCAAAGUACAUUUAUUCCAUUGCAUUAUCUAUUUACAAUACAAAAAACGUGGAUUUUAUUAGAAAACUGUAGUUCUUUGAAAGAACUUAUAAGUUGCUUAUAAUAGUACAUUCUUAGAUUAGGGCAGGUGUUUUUAGUUGGAAUUAAUUUAUUUUCCUCUUAUAUAUGUAUGUUCCAUUGUAUUUCCAAAACUGUUACAAAAGACAUGGCAAGAGCAAUGAAGAAUCUUUAGAACUUACAGGAUUCUGAACCCAUCUUCAACUCCACAAGAAAUGAUAGAAUUUAAAAGUAGCCCACUGGUUUACUUCCAGCAAUGGCAUGAUGCUACUUACAUGAAUAUUACCUCACUAUAAGCAAGGUGAUGUAUUAAAAGAGCCUCACCUAUCAAAUAACUUCUAAAAGGUACUUUUAUAAGCAAUUCAAGUUAUUACAAACUUUUUAAAACUUUCAUAGGUUUAUUAACAUAAACUAGUUUUCUAGAAUUUUUAAAUAAAAAUUAUAAUUUUAUAUGCCCGUGGAGUAAAGAAUCUCUGAGAAAAAUAUGUCCUUUAUUUCACUUUCUCAAGGCCUAUAGACUAUUGACUAAUGACUAUUCACUGCACCUACUUUGUACAAUUACAUCAUGUUAUGCAUUAGACAUUUAGAGUUUAAUAACUUUUUUCUGUCUAAAUUAGGUAAUGAUAAAUUAUUCCCUUAAGUAAUUGAAAUUUUUCUAUAUUGGAAAAAUAAUUGAAAUUUGUUUUGCCAUACUUUGUGUCAUAGUUCCCUAUUUAGAUAACUAAGAAUAUAUUUAUAAAAUAUGUAUAUGCACAUGACUUAACGUCAGAACAUUGACAUGGCCUUAUAUUUAGUUUUAGUGGAUUUCAAAAUUAUUAGUUUUAUAGCUAGGCUUUAUUAUAGCUUGAAAGAUCUCAGCCAUAUGUAAUAAAUAUUUUUAUUACUAAUAAAUUUUAAAUUUUUUAAGGAAAGUAUUUUUAUUCUAGGGCCUUCUUCCAGAUAAUCACUAGGUUGAUUUAUAACAACUUUUACCUCCCUGCUUUUUCACCUAGUAAUAGUCAAUUCUGAAACUUUAUAUUAGAUAGAAAUCCAGUCUUUGGGGGAAAUGUUAGUUGCAUCUGUAUAAUUCAUUUGUUUCGUGUCUUCAAUGUCAAGAUAUAAUCUUGUCUAGGAGAUUAAAGGACAUCAUCUUUGAAAAUUAGCAGUUUUAAAUUGUUUUUUUGAAAUGUAGUUUUAAGUAGAAUUUUCUGUUUACAAAAACAUGGUAGAAGUAUAGCUUAAAAGUCGAAUCUGAGGAAAGGCUUUGGGAAAAUAUGAUUACUUUUAUCCUAUAGCUGUAGCAUGUCAGCAUAUUUGGUCAAAUUGUCAGAAAAUAGUCCUGAGAAAGUUAUUUUAACUUUCAAGUGCAUUACAUAUUAACUGUCUAGGUUUUUUGAGAAAAUUUCAGUUGAAGUUGAAUUAAUCCUAAUUGAGAUUAAAAUCCUGAGUGUGAUAUAAUAACACGAUGUGGCACUGGCGAGAGAGUACAGAAGCCUCGCACAGCAGCCUGACCCUCCAACCCUAGCACCUCAUUACAGUACCCCAGGCCUGCCAGGAGUAAGCCCUGAGCACCGCCAGGUGUGGUCCUAAAACCAAUAAAUUAAUUAAUCAAUUAAAAUAAAAAGAACACAACCAAGCCAGAGAGAUAGUCCAAAGGAUUCUGUGUACAUUCCUGAGCACAGAACUGCCCCUCAGCACCACCAGAUGUGGUCUCCGAACUCCCCCCAAAUAAACUAAAAUAGCAUUAAUGAUGCAAUAGUAGGAGCAAAUGAUAUUGGUAAGAAAUAUCGAUCCUUUGUUUAUUUCUCAUCUAGUCAUCAUUUCUCAUCUAGACAUUUUGAGAAACAUUUGUGCAAGGGAUGUACUUUUCUUUACCUUUCUUUUGUGAUUAUUUUUAUCAUCCUGAUGAAGUACUUAAUUCUGAAUUGUGAAGGAAGCAAUCAAAAAUUUCAUGCCAUGAUUCUACUUGUGUUAUGAAACUUCUUAGCAAAUUCUCAUUAAUACUUCAUAUACAGAGAAAAUUCAAGUAUUAGUCUAAGAGGCUCUAUUGAUUAUUUUAGAAGGGCUGUGAAAGAUUUUUUAAAUACUGAAUCAUGACCCUAAGAGAUUUAUGUGGUUUAACUAAAGUGGGUACAAAUCAAAUGGUUUUUAUAAGGUAAAUAAUCUGUAAAUUGAUUGAUACCUAUACUGUAGAGUGUUAUACCAGGGUUUCAGAAAUUAAGUCAUUCUUGAUAUAUACUAGCAUACCCCUGUAUGCUCAUUGCUUUUCUCAGUGUCACUUUAUUUGUAUUCUUGGGUAACUUGUUUAUAUGGUAGUUUGAGAAGAAAAACAAAAUUUGGAAACAAUAUAGAACCAAAAAUUGAAUAAAUUAAUACUAAGUGUUUUGGAAAGUAUCCCUUUUAACUUGUUGAUAGGCUAGUUUGAAUUAUGACCCUAUGGAUGCAUAGCAUGCACAUAUGCUUGUAUUUUAUUGCAAUUUCUGAUACAUAAUGAACUUCUUGGGAGAGGUACCAAAUCUUUGAUUUUUGUUGUCAUUGUUCUGAAGUGCAAUAUAACAAUGUAACCAAACCUAGCUAAUUGCAGUCAUUAAUUUAGUGAGUCUAAUCUGAAUGGAGAUUUACUGGUGUUUUAGCAGGAAAGAAUGAUUCCACUAUGGAUAUUUGUCCAUAAAUGGUACAUUCUGUAUUUAAAACUGGACUUAAACUAUUCCCUACUAGGUUUGAAACACUUUGAAUUGUCUUAAAGUAACUUGGAAGUUGCGUGUAUCAAAUUAAUUUGCUGCCUAAGUAACAUGGAAAGUAAUUUUCUUUGUUUAGCUUCUCUUGUGAUCACCCACAUUGGGUGAGACAUAAAAUGAGUGUGUUCUAAAAUUUAUCAUUUGUUAACUUGGUUUGAGUUAGUGAAAACUGGUACAGUGUUCCACUUAGUUUCCAAUGUGUAACUUGUGACUGUACAAUAAACUUGAGCAUAUGUUGCCA